UGUUUUUUAAUGGCUCUGUCAUGUCUGUGGUCUUCAUUAAUGGCCUCCUCCGACACCCUCUCCUUGGCGGUUUGGUGCAUGCCGUAGCCCAGGAGGAGCUAGUAGAAGUAGAAGUAGCCCCUGAGGCGGAGGCCCAGGUAGAAGCAGAGCCAGAGGUAGAGCCUGAACCUGAGGUAGAGCCUGAACCAGAGCCUCGUGAGGAGGAAGACGACUAUGAAGAGGAAGUGGAGGAGGGAGAUCAAGAUGAAGAGAAGCCAAAGUUCAAGCCAACUGCUCCAAAGAUCCCAGAUGGGGAAAAGGUUGACUUUGAUGACAUCCAGAAGAAACGUCAAAACAAAGACCUUGUUGAGCUCCAGUCGCUGAUUGAUGCUCACUUUGAGUGCAGAAAGAAGGAGGAAGAGGAGUUAAUUGCACUCAAAGAAAGAAUUGAGAAGCGUCGAGCUGAACGGUCAGAGCAGCAAAGGAUUCGAGCUGAGAAGGAUAAGGAGCGCCAAGCUAGACGGGAGGCAGAGAGGAUAAGAAAGGAGGAGGCCGAUGCCCACAGGAAGGCUGAAGAUGAAGCCAAGAAGAAGAUUGCUCUCUCUAAUAUGGGAUCAGGCUUCACCAGCCACCUCCAGAGGGUGGAAACAAAGAGAGGAAAGAGGCAGACCGAGAGAGAAAAGAAGAAGAAGAUCCUGGCAGAGAGAUGCCAACCCCUGGACAUCGACGGUUUGAGUGACGACAACCUGAGGGAAACAGCAAGGGAGAUGCAGGAGUGGUUGCACAGCCUGGAGGAGAUUAAAUAUGACCACUUAGAGAAGCUCAAGAGACAGCGAUAUGAGGUGAUCUCUCUCAGAAAUCGCAUCGAUGAGCUGCAAAAACAUAGCAAGAAGGGAGCCGCCACACGCCGCCGCAGAAAGUGAGGAAGUAAGGUCUGCUUCAGUCAGGCCGGAUAGGUAACAUCGUUGCCCACGCUGCGACCACCACAACCACGAGAAACUUGCAGUACGGACAUCUUACUGCCUCUGCUUAGUGAAACUGUUUUCUGGAUGGAUUUACCUCCACUCAAUACAUCAAACGUUCAUCAUUGUGUUUGUAUAAAGAUGGUGUGACUGUCCAGAAAAAUAAAUGCUGCAUCUGAAAUAAUUCA